AUGGGGGAGCCCCUCUGUGGAGGUGCAGGAGCAUGGCGGGAUGGGCUGGCCUCAUCCUGCGCUUCCGUCAGCACGGCCGUGGCUGCAGGCCAGCAGAGAGCAGCAUGCCAGCAAGGAGCAAGCCUGUCCGACCUGUUCCUCCAGGCUCAGGGGCCCAGAACAGGCUGCUGUUCCCAGCUGGAGCACCGGACACCCCGGGGCUCAGGGCCCUGCAGUGGAGGGCAGGCAGGAGGGGAAGGGUGGCUGGCACAGCAGUGGCAGUGGGUGCUGAUGGGACCCAUCAUCCUGGCCCCAAACCAGGAGUUUGACACCCCCACCCCAGCACCCACUUUUGGGGUCAGCUCGGUUUGGGUGCUGGGCUGAGGAUGCUUGUCAGCCCUGGGGGCCCAUGGAGGUGCAGCACCACUGGUGCUCGGUCUUAAAUCAGCCGCCCUGGAUGCCCAGGCUGGAUCCUGGCACCAGCACAGCGCCGUGACCCCAGGAGGCUUCUCUUCCUUCGGUGGCUUCCCUGGCAGAUGGGCAGUGCAGGCUGGUGAGGGAGGCCGGGGAAAACAGAGCUGUGGAGCCAGGCACAGGAUGGAUCCUCCACAACUUCUUCCCAGGAAACUCCUGCCUUCGAAAAAAAGCCUGUUUUUGUCCUCAGAGGUUGCAAAAGCCCAAGAGGAGCAGCCAGACCGCUGUGUGACCCAGCCGUGGGGCCACGGGGCAUCUCUCUGGCCGGCACGAGGGGCUCGUUUCGGUGCUGGCCGAUCCCUGCCUUCCUGGAAGGUGGCCUUUGAAACCGCCGGCAUUUCCUUAAAGUCUCCUCCGGGGAAAGUCCCCGGUGCCGUUCCCGCGGCCGGGGCUGUCGCACCGCCCGCCGCCUCCAUAAAACGCGGGGCGGGCGGGCGCGGGCAGGCAGCGGCACCAUGGGCAACUGGCUGGUCAACCACUGGUUCUCAGCCGCCGUCCUCGCAGCCUGGCUGGGCAUCAACAUCUUCCUCUUCACCUACUACUUUCUGUUCUUUGACCGGGACGAACGCUAUUUCUACACCAGGGCCAUCCUUGGGUCUGCCUUGGCAUGGGCUCGAGCAUCGGCCAAGUGCCUCAACUUCAACAGCAUGCUGAUCCUGCUGCCCGUCUGCCGCAACCUGCUGUCCUUCCUCCGUGGCACCUGCUCGUGCUGCAGGCGGACGUUGCGGAAGCAGCUGGACCACAACCUCACCUUCCACAAGCUGGUGGCCUACGCACUGGCGCUGCUCACAGCCGUGCACACCAUCGCCCACCUCUUCAACCUGGAGCGCUACAACCAGAGCCAGCAAGCCACCGACGGCAGCCUCCCCGCUGUCCUCUCCGAGAUGCACCUGCAGGGCAGCAAGUGGCUGAACCCCAUCCACUCCAACCAGACGACCGUCGAGUACGUGGCUUUCACGACCAUCCCGGGGCUCACGGGGGUGAUCAUCACGCUGGCACUCAUCCUCAUGGUCACGUCCUCCACCGAGUUCAUCCGCAGGAACUACUUUGAGCUCUUCUGGUACACACAUCACCUCUUCCUCGUCUACUUCGCCGGCCUCGUCAUCCACGGCAUCGCCGGGCUGGUGCGCGGGCAGACGGAGCAGAGCAUGGCAGAGGUGCACCCCUAUCACUGCGCCGAGUACCUGACACAGCGGGAGCAGAACUGCACCCACAGCUGCUGCAAAGACCCCGAGUUUGGGAGCAUCCCUGCUGAGGUAGGGCAGUGGUGGGAUGGCUCUGGGGGAGAAGCUCUUCCCUUGCCCUUGGGAUGCCCAUCCUUUGCUCUCCUCCACCUUCACAGUCCUGGAAGUGGGUUCUUGCCCCCAUCAUCCUCUAUGUCUUUGAGCGGAUCCUGCGGGUCUGGCGUGCGCACCAGAAGGUGGUUGUCAAAAAGGUGGGUGGUGCAGGAGCCUGCUCCUCUGCCAGCUGCUGCCCUUGGAGUCACCUGUGCCACAGCCCCUCGCCGUGGUGGCCAUGGGGAGGGGCCACAGGCACAGCCCCUUCGUGGGGACGGGGGCAGGCUGGGCGCUGAGCCCUGCCCGUGCCCCCAGGUGGUGAUGCACCCUGCCCGCGUGCUGGAGCUGCAGAUGCAGAAGAAGGGCUUCUGCAUGGAGGUGGGGCAGUACAUCUUCGUCAACUGCCCCGCCAUCUCCGCGCUGGAGUGGCACCCCUUCACCCUCACCUCUGCCCCCGAGGAGGACUUCUUCUCCAUCCACAUCCGGGCAGCUGGGGACUGGACAGAGCGUCUCAUCGACACCUUCCAGCUGGAAACGCCCAGGAUCGAGGUGGACGGUCCCUUUGGCACAGCCAGCGAAGACGUGUUCCAGUACGAGGUGGCCAUGCUGGUUGGCGCGGGCAUCGGCGUCACCCCCUUCGCCUCCAUCCUCAAGUCCGUCUGGUACAAGUUCCAGCAGGCUGACCAGACCCUCAAGACCAAGAAGAUCUACUUCUACUGGCUGUGCCGGGACACGGGAGCCUUUGCCUGGUUCAACGACCUGCUCGCCUCCCUGGAGCAGAAGAUGGCUGAGUCGGGCAAGGCAGACUUCCUCACCUACCGCCUCUUCCUCACUGGCUGGGACACCAGCAUUGCCAACAACGUGGCACUCCACUUCGACACCGCUACGGACACAGUGACGGGCCUCAGGCACAAAACCAUCUUCGGGCGGCCCAUGUGGAACACGGAGUUUGCAGCGGUGGCUGCAGCCCACCCCAGGUCGGUGGUCGGUGUGUUCCUCUGUGGGCCGGAGGCCCUGGCAAGGAGCCUGCAGAAGUCUUGUCACCAACACUCCAGCCUGGACCCCAGGAAGGUCAAAUUCUACUUCAACAAGGAAAACUUUUAAGUUUAAGUGGCAGCGAGGCUGGCACCCAGAGGGCAGGGACCCUGACUGCACUGCCUCACGCCUUUCCGAAGCAAGGCCAGGGAUAAGCACCUGUGCAUGCACUGAAGCCAAGCAAGACACAGCAAGGUACUCCUUCUCCAUGACGAAUUCCAGGUUCAAAGACUGCUGCCUGCCUGUCCUGGUGUACUAGGGGUCCUCAUGGAGCAAGGGGCCUGGAGCUCCAGCCAGCCCCCUCACCGGGAAACCAGAGCCACGUUCUGUGAUGCUGCUGGAGCAGUGGGAAGCAGUGGGAGCCCAGCGGGUUGGGCAGAACCCCUGGAUGGGGAUGGGACACGGGCAUCCAUGCAGGUGUCAGGGGCCAAACGUGCCCCUCAGGGUUUAAACACUCUUGUAUAAGAAUAAAUUAAACUUCUUUUCUUUGUAAUGAAA